AUGUAAUAAAAAUUUCUUGGCUUAUUAGAAACCUUCAGGCAUGAAGGGUUACCAACUUUAAUAAGCUUGCGAUUUCAAUAUGUUUCAGAACUUUGGGCCAUGGUUCGAUGUUCAAGGCGCCGGGGGUUUUUCAGUGGUUCUUGUUGAUCCAUGGAAUAACAGAUCUGAUGUUUCCUCUGAAGAAUGGACCUAUCAGGUUAAUUUCUGCAGAUCAACAACAUUAUCCGGCCAUAUAUUAUCGAGUUAUCGACUUUUCGAGUUAUAUAUAUCAUCCAUAGAUUUUUUUUGAAUAAUUAUGUGGGAAUUGAGGGAAAAUACCUUGGACUAGAUGAAUUAAUUCAAUCAAAUAGUUCACUGUGGACAAAGGGGGUUGUAUUCUACCUAUCAACAAUUCACUGAUCUGAUACAAGGUUUCUUUCCUUGCUCCACAAGGCAAGGGUCCUUUAGCCUUAAAUCUCACUAGUAUGGGGAAGGGUCAAGCUUGGGUUAACGGACAGAGCAUAGGACGAUACUGGCCGGCCUAUCUCUCACCAUCCUAUGGUUGUACUGAGAACUGCGAUUAUAGAGGAGAAUACGAUUCAACGAAAUGUCAACAGAAUUGUGGCCAACUGGCUCAGACAUUAUAUCAUGUCCCACGCUCUUGGGUACAUCCCGGUGAGAACUUAUUAGUAGUUCAUGAAGAGCUCGGUGGUGAUCCUACACAGAUUUCAGUGCUGACACGAACUAGCCAAUAGAUAAGUUCAUUUGUAUCCGAGGAUGAUCCUCGGCCAGCAGAUUCUUGGAUACCAAAUGAAGGCUUCGGGUCUCAGAAUCCUGAAGCUCAACUCAAC